GUGGAACAGAGGGGCUUCAUUAAACAUAAUUUCCGUUGCCUUUUUUAGUUGAAAGUCAGUGACGAUUGACGGGAAUGCAUCAGUUUAGUUGCCGUUGAUGGACCAUCCCUAUGAAGACACAAGGCUACAAUGGGACAGAGUACCUCAGAACAAGAGGUCCAAGAAGACACUUCCACGGACAGAUUUGAAAACCUCAAGACCCAUGUGGAGGAAGAACUACAGACGAGCAUGAUGGCGGGGAUGGUUAUUGGCGCCGGCAUCGCUAUAGUCCUCAUCGCCAUCCUCAUCUUCUUCAUUAUGCGGAGGAUCCAGCGUCGAAACAUAGAGGCUCAGGAGGCACCAAAGUAUCGCUUUCGUAAGAGAGACAAAGUCAUGUUCUACGGACGAAAGAUUAUGCGGAAAGUUUCCCAGUCUACCUCUUCACUGGUGGGAACAUCCUCCUCCACUUCCUCAUCCUCACGUACACGCCUAAAGAAGAAGCAAAAAAUGCUCAACAUUGCCAAAAAGAUCCUGCGCUUCAAGAAGGAGGUGCCCAUCCUUCAGGCGAAGGAGCCCCCUCCCUCAGUGCUAGAGGCAGAUCUCACUGAAUUUGACGUGGCCAACUCCCACCUCCCCUCUGAGGUCCUCUACAUGCUCAAAAAUGUCCGCGUGCUGGGUCACUUUGAGAAGCCCCUCUUCCUGGAACUGUGCAAACACAUGGUCUUUCUGCAGUUCCAGCAGGGAGAGUAUGUCUUCAGGCCAGGACAGCCAGACAGCAGUAUCUACGUGGUUCAGGAUGGAAAGCUAGAACUGUGCCUUACAGGAACGGAUGGCAAAGAGAGUGUGGUCAAGGAAGUUUAUGCUGGAGACAGUGUUCACAGCCUCCUCAGCAUUCUGGAUGUCAUUACAGGCCAUCAGAAGCCUUACAGAACCGUGUCGGCACGAGCUGCAGAGGUUUCCACUGUUCUCCGUUUACCUGUCGAGGCCUUCCUCUCUAUAUUUGAGAAGUAUCCUGAGAGUCUGGUGCGAGUAGUUCAGAUCAUCAUGGUUCGCCUCCAGAGAGUUACAGUCCUAGCCCUGCACAAUUACCUGGGGCUGACCAAUGAGCUCUUCAGCCAUGAAAUGCAGCCUUCACGUCUCCCACCGCAGUCACCCCACGCUCCACGCACCAGUCCUGUCCGCCAUGGGAAGCGCUUUGGCAGCCUGACUGUUCCAGAGGAGCACCGGGAAGCUGCCAUUAAAGGUGAAGCUGCAGGAGGGGAACAAGGAAAAGAAGGAGGUCCGCCAAAUCUCAGUAGGACAAUUUCUAUGCCAGUGGACAUCUCUGGUAUUCAGAAAAGUUUGAGGUCGGAUUUUGACAUGGCGUAUGAGAGAGGACGGAUUUCUGUCUCUGCAGAAGACGGCAACACACCUCCCACUUUCACUCGGUCCAUGUCCCAUGAACAACGUGAGAGAAGAGUGACGGUGGAUGAAGUUCCAUCAGGUAUCUACUUGUAUCCUGAGGAAGAAUCAGGCGUGGACAACAUUUUCACACCUUUGUCCAGUCGGUGUAGCGCUUCUCUCUUUGAGGAAGCUCAAAAAGAUGUUCUCAGGCUCAUGAGGAUUGAGGACCCAUGUUUGUUAAACGGGAGAGCAACUCUGCACCAUGCAAAAGCUGGAGCUGUUUUGGCAAGACAGGGAGACCAGGAUGUUAGUCUCCACUUCGUCCUGUCUGGUUGCCUGCAUGUCUACCAGCGAAUGAUCGACAAACAGGAGGCCGUCUGCUUGUUUGUGACCCACCCAGGAGAGAUGGUAGGGCAGCUCGCGGUGCUCACCGGAGAGCCCCUUAUCUUUACCGUUAAGGCUAUCCGAGACUGUACUUACCUGAAGAUCUCAAAGUCAGAUUUCUAUGAGAUUAUGAGGGAACAGCCCAGCGUGGUGCUGAGUGUGGCCCACACGGUGGCCAUUCGAAUGUCAGCUUUCGUUAGGCAGAUGGACUUUGCUAUUGACUGGAUGGCUGUUGAAGCUGGCAGAGCCCUCUACAGACAAGAUGACCAGUCAGACUGCACCUACAUUAUUCUGAAUGGACGUCUACGUUCGGUCAUUCGUAAGGCAAAUGGCAAGAAAGAGUUGGUUGGGGAAUAUGGCAGAGGAGACCUCAUUGGUGUGGUGGAGGCGUUGACCAAGCAGCCCAGAGCCACCACUGUGCACGCUGUGAGAGACACGGAGCUGGUAAAACUGCCAGAGGGAACACUCAACAACAUUAAAAGACGAUAUCCACAGGUUGUGACAAGGUUGAUCCACUUGUUAGGCCAGAAGAUUUUGGGGAACCUGCAGCAGGGUCGGGGACCGUUCUCAGGUUCAGCUCUGAGUUUGCCAAGUAUGACAACUAGUGCAGAUGUUACCAACCCGGCUAGUAACCUCUCCACCGUGGCUGUGCUUCCUGUGUGUGAUGAAGUGCCAAUAAACGCGUUUAACUUGGAGCUUAGCCACGCCCUCAGUGCCAUUGGCCCCACUCUGCUUCUUACCAGUGAUAUAAUCAGGGAGCGCCUGGGAGCUUCUGCUCUGGACAGUAUCCAUGAGUAUCGUCUGUCUGGCUGGCUGGCCCAGCAGGAGGACAUCAAUCGUAUCGUCUUAUACCAGACUGACAACAGCAUGACGCCCUGGACUCAGCGCUGCAUCCGGCAGGCUGACUGCAUCCUCAUAGUGGGUCUUGGGGACCAGGAGCCCACUCUGGGGGAGUUGGAGCAGAUGCUGGAAAACACAGCAGUCCGGGCUCUGAAGAAGCUCAUCCUUCUGCACAGAGAAGAUGGACCCGGUCCAUCCAGAACAGUUGAGUGGCUCAACAUGCGCAGCUGGUGCUCGGGUCAUCUCCACUUGAAGUGUCCCCGCAGGGUUUUCUCCAGACGCAGCCCCACCAAACUAAGGGAGGUCUAUGAGAAGGUGUUUGAGAAAACAGCAGAUAGACACAGUGAUUUCUCUCGGCUGGCCCGAGUCCUCACUGGAAACAGCAUUGCACUUGUACUGGGAGGAGGCGGAGCAAGAGGCUGCUCGCAUGUUGGUGUUAUUAAAGCUAUGGAAGAAGCAGGGAUUCCUAUUGACAUAGUGGGCGGCACGUCAAUCGGCUCAUUCAUCGGAGCGCUGUAUGCAGAGGAGAGGAGCGCCGUUCGGACUAAACAGAGAGCCAGAGAAUGGUCCAAGGCAAUGAAUUCAGUAUUUAAAACGGUCUUGGACCUCACCUAUCCCAUCACCUCCAUGUUCUCUGGUUCAGCCUUCAACACCAGCAUCUAUAAAGUGUUUCAGGACAAACAAAUUGAGGACCUGUGGCUUCCAUACUUUAACGUCACCACUGACAUCACAGCUUCGGCCAUGCGGGUCCAUCAGGAUGGUUGUGUCUGGCGCUAUGUUAGAGCCAGCGCCUCCUACACCCCCUAUUUACCUCCCCUGUGCGACCCCAAGGAUGGCCACUUGCUUGUGGAUGGUUGCUAUGUUAACAAUGUCCCAGGCUCUCUGUGGCGCUAUGUACGGGCGAGCAUGACCCUCUCGGGGUACCUGCCGCCUCUCUGCGACCCCAAAGACGGCAACUUGCUAAUGGAUGGUGGCUACAUCAACAACCUGCCAGCGGACAUUGCGAGAAACGUGGGUACCAGGACUGUUAUCGCCAUUGAUGUGGGGAGCCAGGAUGAGACGGACCUCUGUAACUAUGGCGACAGCCUGUCUGGCUGGUGGCUGCUGUGGAAGCGGAUCAAUCCCUGGGCAGAAAAAGUGAAGGUGCCCGACAUGGCAGAGAUCCAGUCACGCUUGGCGUAUGUGUCCUGUGUGCGGCAGUUAGAGGUGGUAAAGAAAAGUGCCUACUGCGAGUACAUCCGACCACCUAUUGACCGCUUCAAGACCAUGGAUUUCGGCAAGUUUGAUGAGAUCUAUGAUAUCGGCUAUCAGCACGGCAAAUUGUUGUUCACUGGCUGGGCUCGAGGGGACAUCAUCGAGAACAUGCUGAGGGAUCACCGCUCAGCUGACUACAAUGACAGCAAGAGAACAGAUUCCUGCACGUGUCCAGGAGCUGACUUCACGGAUCUUGCAGAGAUCGUGUCCAGGAUCGAACCGGUGCAAAGCUUCGUAGCAGCAGAAGCGGAGGAGUCAGACUGUCUGACAGAGUAUGAGGAAGAUGGGAUGGACACAGUGAGAGAGGAAGAGGGGGAGGAGGAGGAGGACGAGGCAGAGGAUCCUGAAGACCACUCCCCAGGAGAGUGGGGACAGAACGGAGUCUUCCAGACUGAUGAGGAGAAAUCUGUGAGGCAACGCAGGAAAUUUACCAGCGACUCCAACGCUUCUGAGAUCUCAGACUGCUGACAGAGGGCCCUGGAGGAGCAGAAGUCAAAAUCGAGAGUCAGACUACCAAGAGGGCCAGAAACCUUCAAGACUUGACACAUGGACACCACACUAAACAUCUGAAAUUUCAGCAACAUCGGAACAAUUUGGGGGUUUAUUUGCAGUUGGGUUUUUUUGGGACCACCUUUAAGAACCAAGCUUGUUCUUAUUGAGACGCCUUUGCUUUAGUAUCUGUGGUCCUCGAUGUAAACAUGGUUCCACCAACUACCACCCUUUGGUUCCUCCUCUUAGAGACACUAAACGGGCCAGAAUUUAUACCACAGAAUUUAACAUCAACAUUUCAGAUCAUGUUUUCUAUAAUCAUUGAUGUGUUUGAUUCGGCACCCUCGCCGUUGAGGGUUUGUCUUAAUUUAUGGGCCUCGUUUUCUUUUAUGUGGUUUAUGUGUGCCAUAUGUUUUACUUGUGUUAUGGUCAUUUUUAUUUCAGAUUGGCAAAGCUUCAAUUAGCUUGUUGCCAAGAGACGCCAGCCUGGGACAGGCAGGGCCUAAAGGUAAAUGGUGAACCAGUCUUCUAUAGAAAAAUCAGUUGUUUAUGUGGAGUUUAUGAUGAAUAACUUAGAGUUGGAUCAGUGUUGAAAGCAGUACAGGGAUGGGUUGGGAUUGGAAGAAAAGAAAUGGAUCAUUAAGCAAAUUCAUGUGAUUGUUUUAAUUAAAUGUAUAACUUAAGUUCAGUUAAUCAAAUUGAACUAGAAACGCUUUAUGUGGAUCAGUUACAAGGAAGGAAUCUGAACAGCAAAGAGGGAUGAUUUAAAUCUUAAUGAUUGAAUGAACAUAUGUGGGUCCCAGAAACUUCAUUUUUAGAUCAUAUCUGAAUCAAUGAAUGCCUUUCUAACCACCGUUCUCCAUGCUCAGUGAAUGCAACUGCAACGGGUUUGUUGGGCUCACCUCAAUAAGCAAACAAGCGCGUUGUUUCUGUUUGCAUAAUGUCAGCACUCAGGGUUCCUGCGUAUGACUUUACGCUCAUGGUGAAUAAUAUAAAAAGGUUUGUUUUGAGCUUGAUUCUCCGAAUGGGCGCUCAUAAAAAUCCCCAGAACCAUGUAAAUAAUUAAUUGGCACAGAAAAUACGCAGAAAUCCAGAGUCAUCUCAGUAAUACUUCUUUUAGAAACUGUAACAAUAACGUGUUUCAUAAUGUCAGUAUUCAUAUAUGUAUAUGAGAGGGAUUUUUUUAAGUUGACGCUUUGCUGCAUAAUAGGGAACCUAAACCAAAAAUAAUAAGUUGUUCACUUAACAUCUGUUCUGUUGGUUUCAGCAGUUUUUAGUCUGUUUUUUUUUUGGUUUUUUUGUAUUAAUUAUAUUUAUUGUUUAAUUUAUGCAUCUACUUUGUAAAUUAAUUAACAUGGCUUUAGCUUUUUGCACUGAAAUGUAUGAGGUAUUCUUUGCUAGGACAAGGAUUACAAAGAGGUUGUAAUUUAUGAUGGGAAAUAAAUAUAACGAUACCCUAA